GCAAGCUUAUUGGUCUGCAACAGUAUCUAUAGAUGAUUUCUAUUUGACGACUGAAGGUCAGAAUAAACUAAGAGAAGCUAAUCCAGGAAAUGCUCUUCUUGAGUUUUUGGAAGUCAUUAAAUUGGGAGUUGCUCAUUCUCCUGGAGACUCAAUAAUGCCCAGAGAAAUGUUUCUUUUCCAAGACUUCAUCAUAUUCCCUUUGAUGCAUAGCAUGGUGAACUUCUUGGAAUUUGGAUAUGACCCCUGUUUCAUGGUUCUUUGCAUUGGAUACUUGCAUGUACACAGGGAAAAAACUUCAAAAAUGGAGCUUUUUAUAAUUUCUGGUGCUGCUUGCUUGCCUCAUCCCUCUAAGAAAGCAUACAUAAGUAAACCAGUGCCUCAGAAAGAUACUGCUCCUGGUCUUGCAUAUUUCCACAUCCCUCUGCCAGAAUAUGCUACUUUUGACUCAUCAAACAUGAGUGGUGUGAAACAGGAACCGGAUGGCAAUGGCAUUAGCUCUCCUUCUGUGAACUCCGGCUUCUUCACAACCUUGCUUGCAGCAGGAGAUGUGAAGGCAGUUUUCACUGGCCAUGAUCACAUCAAUGACUUCUGCGGCAAUCUAAUGAAUAUACAACUUUGUUAUGGUGGGGGAUUUGGAUACCAUGCGUAUGGAAAGGCAGGGUGGCCUAGGAGAGCAAGGGUGGUGGUAGCUAGCUUGGAGAAAACGGGGAAAGGAAGUUGGGGAGAUGUCAAGUCAAUUAAAACAUGGAAAUGCCUUGAUGAUCAACAUCUUACUGGAAUUGAUGAUGAGGUCUUGUGGAGCAAGAGCACUGGUGGUAAGAUAUCCUUUGAUACUUGUAGUCCUAUUCUUGUUUUGAACAAAGCAAUGUUAAAAAUGAAUAUGUAAAGUUGAAAAGUUGAAAAGUUGAAAAAUUAGUAUAGAAUUUUAAUUUUUAAAUUAGCACUGAGUUGAAAAGUUGAAAUAUUAGGAAAAAUGCACAAUAU